AUGUGCAAAUUCAAUUCCAAACACACUCUUGCCUAUCUAUAUCAAGACGUCAUCAAAGAGAUGAGUUUAAACCUUCCUGCCUUUCCUGUACUUUACCGGUGCCAGCAUCAUGCAGCCGGUCGAUGUUCCAAUUCCGCAGAGUUUGCGAUCCACCUCGUGUGGCUUUUGGACACCUUUGCUCCACCGUCAUCGGCUACGCAUUCUGGACUGUCAGAUUCAUUCUCAUCGCAAUUAGAUAUCUCCAGUGCUACCUCUUUCUCCUCAUCUAGAGGAUCACUGUCUGCUAACGGCCUUCCCUUUGGAACCAUAACGUCGGCUGCUCAAUGCGAUAUUGCGCCUGAUGGGCGUGCACAUGUUCUCCCACAGGUACUCAAAAGCUCCGAUACCGGCCCACUCGGUCUUUGGCGAACUAUUACUGCCGUUGUGGGAGUCGGCGAAUGUCAUCUGCCUCGUCGUUCUCCUGGACUUGGUCAAAAAACUCCUGGUUCCUUUUCACAUUGUCGCUGCGAUUCAUCGUCACCUAUGACCGAGGAAGAUGAACCUGGGGCUGUUGACUGGUCUCCAAGGCGUCUGAGAGAGGCCAUCUUGCCCGAAACCUCAAAUGAGACAGAAAACCGCCUCACUAGCCUCGAGAUUGGGCCUGUUGUCCAGCGUGCAUCCGUUAAUAGGACGUUUGAUGCGAGUUCGCAUGAUUCUAACACGUAA